AAUGUUGAGAGCACUUCCCAUCUUCUCUUCUUCUCUGUUAAUUUAAGUUACAGAAGAGUCACCAAACUUUUGUCUCCUUUCUCCAGGGGACCACACUUCUUAAGUCUACUGUGAACAGGAGUCCUGUCUCCUCGGUUUACAACAGUUUGCAAUGGAGGUGGAGAGCAUUGAAGCAAGAAAAGCACUAGAGAUCGAUGGAAGUGAAGAUAUGGAAAGUGGCGGUCACAAAGAUGAAAAUGUUGAACGACCAACUUAUGCUGACAAGAAAUUGAGCCUUAAAGACAUUUACGCACCCAUUCUAAGGAAACCCAUUGAGCUUACUACCAAGGAAACAGCGUUGUUGGCUUACCAAUCUCUUGGAGUGGUUUAUGGAGAUAUUGGCACCUCCCCUCUUUACGUUUUUUCUUCUAUUACACUGGAAAACCCUGGUGAGAAAGACAUAUUAGGGAUCUUGAGUCUCAUCUUCUGGACUCUAACUUUGGUUGCACUGGUCAAGUACGUUUUGAUCGUCUUGCGUGCAGAUGAUUACGGCGAAGGCGGCACUUUUGCCUUAUAUUCCCUUCUCAAUCGGCAUGUAAAUUUUCGAAACAAGAUCAGUAUACAGAACACUAGACUCCAGUCAGAUCAGAGUUUGAAAUAUUACAAUAAGAGUGAUAAUAUACAAUCGAAGACAAAGUUGUUCUUGGAGAGCAGUUCAAGUUCACAGUCCAUUCUUACCUUUGUUGUGUUGGUUGGGACUUGUAUGGUCAUUGGUGAUGGAGCUCUCACCCCAGCCACGUCUGUUAUGUCCGCCCUUGUUGGGAUUCAGUCAAGAUCCUCAAAGAUCACUCAAAGUCAUGUUGUUUUAAUGGGGGUUGUGAUUCUGCUAGCCCUUUUCCUGGUCCAAAAAUAUGGCACUAAUAAAGUUAGUUCCUCCUUCUCCCCAAUCAUGCUGUUAUGGUUCUUUUCAACUGCUGCAAUUGGUAUCUACAACAUCGCUGUAUACUACCCAUCGGUCUUCAAGGCCAUAUCCCCUCAUUAUGCAUUUGGAUUCUUCAAAAGAAACGGCGAGACAUCGUGGGAGCUCCUCGGUGCAAUUUUCUUGUGUGUAACAGGGGCUGAAGCAAUGUUUGCUGAUUUAGCUCACUUCAGCAAGAAAUCAAUUCAGCUGGCUUUCUCUUCCUUCGUCUAUCCAGCAUUACUCCUUACUUAUGCAGGAGAAGCAGCUUAUUUGAUUCAGCACCCAAGUGACAUGAGUACUGCCUUUUACAGUUGUGUGCCCUCUCCUGUAUUUUGGCCAAUGUUUGUUAUAUCCACACUGGCUGCUAUCGUAGCCAGUCAGGCAUUGAUAUCUGCUAGUUUUUCCAUUAUAAGACAAUCCCUGGCUCUAGGUUGCUUCCCUCGAGUUAACAUCGUCCAUACCUCCGAUGAGCACGAGGGACAGGUCUACUCCCCUGAAGUGAAUUAUAUACUCAUGAUUCUGUGUAUUGCAAUUGUAGUUGGUUUCAGGGAUGGUGUGCAGAUUGGGAAUGCCUAUGGUGUAGCUGUGGUCUGGGUCAUGCUGAUAACAACCAACUUGAUUCUGGUGGUAAUGCUUGUGAUUUGGAACACCAAUCCAAUACUCGCAGCAUGCUUCUAUUUUCCUUUUCUCAUAAUUGAAGCUAUCUACAUGACAUCUUUGAUUAAAAAAGUCCCACAAGGGGGUUGGGUUCCAUUUGCUAUUGCAGCUUUCUUCUUGAUAAUUAUGACAUCUUGGACAUAUGGGAGAAGCAGGAAGAGCAUUUAUGAAGCUGAGAACAAAAUGAGUCAGUUAGAGCUAAGUCAAAUGAUAUCAAACACAGACAUUUCUCGAACACCUGGGAUAUGCAUCUUCUGCACAGACCUUGUGAAUGGUAUCCCACCCAUUAUAAGUCAUUAUGUGCAGCAAACAGGUUCACUCCAUCAGAUCAUGAUAGUUGUAACUCUUAGAAUCAUUCCAGUUCGUACCGUCCUGCCUGAGGAACGUUUUAUAGUAGGGAAACUGGGGGAUUUGGAUGAUGUGUAUAGGUGUUUAGUACAGUAUGGAUACAGGGAUAUCCCCGACAUGGAAGGAAAUGACUAUGUUGCUUCAGUUAUGGAGUCAUUGAAGGAUCAAGCUGUGUCAAGUGAUGAAAUUAAAAGGUUGGACUCAGCAAUGGAGAGAGGAUUUGUGUUUGUUACAGGAAGGACUAUUCUUCAUGCCACUGACAAGAAUAAUUUCUUUUCCCGCAUGACAAUUAAUUAUGUCUACAGAUUUCUGCAGAAGAAUUUCAGGUCAUCUAUUUCAACACUGAAGGUGCCUACCAGCAAAACUUUGCAAGUUGGAAUGCUUUAUGAGAUUUGAAAGCCAUUAAUAGACCAGGGUACCACUGGUUUAUUGAUGUUUGAAGAUGAUUCUUUGAUGCCCACACUUCUUUAUCUACUUCAUCACUCUGAAGAUUAAGCCCUUCACCACCAUUCUUACAUUAUUUUUUUUCAUUUUUUUUUUUGCUGUGAUUUAUUUUCAUCUGUCAUUCUUCGCAUGUUUUGAUGACUAUGAAUAACUUCCUUUUCUUGCAUUUACUUCAAGCCAACAACCUCUGGUACUCAACUUAGGAUUGGAUUUUGAGAAAUCUCCAGUAUCUUUUAGAUUGUUAUGUUGACAUGGACAAACUUAAGAUCACCAAUCCAUUUUUCAAUCAUUUUCUUUACA